CCUACACUUUUAUUUAGUUUUGGACUCCUCUUUUUUCUAUCUCGUGACCACCACUUAGCUCACUCGUGGCCAAGUCGUGUCCUCGUGUUACUAAGUCGAGGCCAAGAGAUAAAAAAAAGAAUUCACUCGUUUCGCGUUGCAACGCUUUAAAAUGUUCAGGUUUUUAAAUCGUAAAAAAUGCACAUAGUGGAUAUUUUAGAGCAUGGUAAAUAUUCAGUUUACUGUUUCUUCACACAUAUCAUAACUACAAUGAAAAUUUGCGAAUCUGAAACAUUAAAACAAAUUUUUUUUGUCAAUUUACCAAAACGUGAAAGAUGUGGACCUAUCCUUUGUAUAUAUUUUUUACAGAACAAAAGAAAGUCGGCUCUAAUCAAAUAUUAAGUUUGUGAUAAUCAAUUGCAUUAAGACAUUUUCGGAAGGCGUCACUAUCAAGAAGUCUAAACAAAUAUUAACACUGUUUUGUUAACCGACGAUAUCUUUCGGUGGCGAAACUGAAUCUGUUGGGUGUCGGAUUUUCUACGAUACUACGAGAGUUUCUUUAGUUGCGUCCCUUUGAAAUAAAUUUGUCAUAGAUAACAAGAGCACCUAUUUUGAGAUGCGAUGUCUGAAAAAUUCUUCAAAAAGUUGCCCAAAGUGGAACUGCAUGCACACAUCAAUGGGUCAAUAAGUGAGGAUACCAUGGCAACCCUGGUUGCUAGGAAGCAAGCAGUGGACCAGGACUGGAGGUUGAUGUACAGGAAAGGAGAAUCUGACACAUUGGAAGGAGUUUUCAAGAUGUUUAAGCUGAUACAUCAGAUAACAGACAACACUGAUGCUGUAUACAAGGUGACUUAUGAUGUGAUACAUGAAUUCGCGGCUGACAACGUGAAAUACCUGGAACUAAGAACCACACCUCGGGCUGAGCCAGGGACUGGGAUGACCAAGACUGCGUAUGUGGAGGCCGUGAUUCAGGCCAUUCAAGACUGUGCGCUCGAGGAUAUCGACAUCAUUGUGCGUCUGAUACUGGCCAUUGACAGACGACAUUCAGUUAGUGUUGCUAUGGAGACUGUAAACCUGGCUGCUGAGUACAGGAAAAAGACAGAAGGACUGGUGGUUGGUGUGGAUUUUAGCGGAGAUCCCUCUGUAGGGGAUGGUUCAGACUUCAUCCCUGUCUUUGAGGAGGCACGAAGGCAUGGGCUCAAGUUGGCUCUGCAUUUAGCAGAGGUACCUGCGCCUGAUGAAACCUGGAAGCUUCUGCAGCUACCUCCGGACAGGAUCGGGCACGGCACGUGCUUGCAACCGGAAGUGGGUGGUACCCAGCAGCUGGUGGACUUUGUCACUGCAAAACGGAUACCGCUAGAGUUGUGUCUCACCUCAAACAUCGUGGGCAGGACAGUGCCGGACUAUGACAACCACCACUUCCUGUUCUGGUAUGACAGACGUCACCCUUGCAUCGUCUGUACCGACGACAAGGGCGUGUUUUCCACGACGUUGUCAAACGAGUAUUCCGUAGCAGCGGACACAUUUAAUCUGUCACGUGACCAAGUGUGGCAGCUCUCAUUAGACAGCAUUGAUCAUUUGUUCAGUGACGAUGAGGUCAAACGGAAGUUACGUCACAAAGAACGGAAGUUGACAAGGAGUACCGGAAAUCCUGAUUCGCGCGCCAACAGUGAAGACCCAGAUCUCUGGGACCUGUUUAUGAUGAUGGGGACGAACAUUGAAAAACAUUGGAAAACGGAGAACAAAACAACACUAUACGGACAUCACUUGGCCAACGGACGAAAAAACAACGCGACAUAGAAAACGGAACUUCGAACGUAGGAAUGUUCGGCAGAGAACUAGAAUUUAUAUGGUUGUAUGUAACCUCAAUUGUUAGUGUAGUGUGACCUGGCGGCUAAAAUCGGAGAUGAGACGAAUAAAAACGUGAAAUCGAAAACGUGGUUUGUUGUACAAAAAUUACAAAGUGUGUAUAAUGGAAAUACAAAUUAUGAAGUACAUGCACACACAGCAAACCGUGUAACAGGUCACAUGCAAGUUGUUGACUGGAAUAAGGAGGCAAAUAAAUAUUCUCAUUUGAAAGACAUUGAAUUCCCAAGAGUUAACACAGUUAGGCCAAUAGUUGAUUUAUUAAUUGGGUCAGACCAUCCGGAAUUACAUUACUGUAUAACUGAAAUAUAUGGAAAACCAGGUGAACCCUUUGCUCGAUUGGGGCCGUUGGGAUGGACUUGUGUUGGAAAACCAACAGAAAAUAUGCAAAAUGAAAGUUACUUCUCAUUUUUUACUAAAGACAAUGAACUUGGAGAAAUUCUUAGAGAAUUUUGGGAGAUUGAAGAAAAUGUAAUAAAUAGCAAGAGCACUGAAAGGGUGAUUUCAGAAAUAGAUAAGAAUGUAAUGUCUGAAACUGAAAAAACAAUGAGUUAUGAUGAAAUGAGCAGAAGAUAUGAAGUGAAACUUCCUUGGAAUAAGAAAAAGGGGCAGAUAGUCAACAAUGAAAAUUUGGCAAUGAAGAGGCUAACAAGUACUCAAAAUAACCUAGCUAAGAGGCCAGAAGUGAAACAGAUCUAUGGUGAGACAAUCAAAAGCUAUGAAUCAAAAGGUUACAUAACAAAAGUUGAUGUUGAAAGAGAUGGGGAAACAAAAUGGCUACUUCCACACUUUCCGGUUGUAAGAUUUGACAAAGAAACCACAAAAGUAAGACUAGUUUUCGAUGCUUCGGCAAAAUACGGUUCAUUGUCAUUAAAUGAUGCCAUUCAUCAAGGUCCAAAACUUCAAAACAGUUUGUAUGAAAUUCUUCUGAGAUUUCGCAAACAUUCGAUUGCAGUAAUUUGUGAUAUUCAAGAAAUGUACUUACAAGUUGGCAUUGUUCCCUUUGACAGACAGUACCUUAGAUUUCUGUGGAAAGAUGAUAAAAGCAAUAAAAUAGAGACUUAUCAGUUCAAUAGACUGGGUUUUGGUGUGAAUGCUUCACCAUUUUUAGCACAAUUUGUGGCAAAAAAUAAUGCUGAACGCUUUAAGAAUGAAUUUCCAGUAGCGGCUGAAACAGUCAUAAGAUCAACAUACAUGGAUGAUAGCUUAGAUUCUGUAGAAAAAUUCAGAAAAAGGCAUUGAAUUGUACCACCAAAUGUCAUCUCUGUGGCUGAAAGCUGGAAUGUUUGCACAAAAACGGCUGACAAAUAGUAGUGAUGUUUUAAGAUAUAUACCGACAAGUGAUCGAGGUCAGGAAAUGCAGAUAGAAUCUGAAAAAAUCAUUGGAAAGAAAACUCUAGGUGUUCUCUGGCAAACACAAACAGAUAAUUUCACAUUCGAUGUCAACACACGCAAGUUAGUAGAGAAAAACUCAAAGCGAAAUGUGUUGAGUAUAGUUGCUUGAAUUUUUUAUCCAUAAGGGUUUCUCGCGCCAUGUAUUGUACAAGGAAAAUUGUAAUGCAAGAAAUGUGGUGCUUAGAAUAUGACUGGGGUGACCCACUGAGUAUUGAAAUGCAAGUCAAAGUAGACAAAUGGGUAAACGGUUUGCAAAGCUUGAAUAGUGUUAAAAUUAAAAGAUCACUGAAUUUCUCAGACAAAACAGAAGACUCGUCUCUUCAUGUAUUUGUUGACGCUUCAGAAGUAGCAUUUUGUGCUGUGAUUUAUGCACGACAUGAAAAAUCAGAAGAGAAGACAGACAUUCAUUUUGUAAUAGCAAAGUCACGCGUGGCCCCAUUGAAAUCUACAAGUGUACCUAGAUUGGAGCUUAUGGCAGCUAUAAUAGGACUGAGACUUUCAUUAAUUGUCACAAAAGCACUGAAAAUAGCCAUGAAGAAAGUAGUGUUUUGGACUGAUAGUACAACCAUUUUAUGGUGGAUUCAUAACAGAAGUCGAACCUUUAAACCUUUUGUUGGGAAUAGAAUUGCAGAAAUUCAAACAAGCACAACUCCAAAUCAGUGGAGGUACGUACCAACACAAGAAAAUCCAGCGGAUAUCGGUUCACGAGGUGUAGAAGGAAAUGAACUUGUUGAAAACAGGAAGUGGUGGAGUGGACCAGACUAUUUACAAAAGGGAAAAGAUAAAUGGCCUGAAAAUAAAGUAGUUGAAUGUAAAAGUACAUGUACCACAGAAAUCCGAAAGAAUGUAAAACAAGUCGAAAUUGAUGUGUCAAGUGUUUACACAACUAUAGUCUCAGAAGAUCGAUUGGAUCCAAAAAGAUACUCAAGGUGGCUGAAACUAGUUAGAACUGUAGCUUGGAUACUCAGAUUUCUGCACAUUGCCAAAAGUGCAGUUGAUAAAAGAAAGCAAAAAUAAAUCAAUGCGGCUGAAAUUCGAGAAGCUGAAAUAGUAUUGAUCAGGAGAUCACAAGUUGAAAAUUACACAGAAUAUUACAAGAGUCUGUCCAAUGGAAGGGAGCUAUCAAAGAACAGUAAAAUUGUACGAUUACACCAAAUAAUCGAUGAUGAUGGACUGAUACGUUGUGAUAGCAGACUCAAAUUUGCGAACUUUUUAUCAUAUGACACCACAAGAUUUCCUAUUGUGUUACCAAAGAAAAGUACAAUAACAAAAUUUAGUGUGAAACAUCACCAUGAACUGAAUUAUCAUGCUGGAACUAAUCAAGUAUUAGCUUCAUUAUCAAAAAGGUACUGGAUCGAGGCUGCACGAGAAAUCAUUCGACAAUGGGAAAAUGAGUGCAGUUACUGCAAAAGGCAAAAGACCACACCCUCGACUCAGAUUAUGGCACCACUACCAGAUAUCAGGUUGAACAUGCCAUUAAGAGCGUUUGCGCACUGUGCCGUUGAUUAUGCGGGUCCUUUUCUUACAAUUCAGGGACGUGGAAAAAGUAGACAAAAACGAUACUUGUGUUUAUUCACUUGCAUGGCUUGCAGAGCAGUUCAUCUAGAAAUGACUUAUGGACUUGAUACAAAUUCAUUUCUUAACGCAUUUGGUCGUUUCACAAAUAGAAGAGGUGUUCCGGAAAAAAAUGAAUUCUGACAAUGGUACGAACUUUGUGGGAGCUAAUAACGAGUUAAAGGGACUUGUACAAGAGCUGAACAGGGAUGAAAUCGUCAGAAAGACUGCUGACAAGGGAAUUCAGUGGGAAUUUAAUCCACCAAGUGCGCCUCAUUUCGGUGGAGUACAUGAGGCGAUGAUCAAAACAGCAAAACGAGCUAUAAGCAAAAUACUUCAAAGUGCGGACAUUCAUGAUGAAGAGUUAAAUACCGCUUUCAUUGGAGCAGAGGGACCUAUUAAUAGCCGGCCGCUGACAUAUCAGUCGGCAAACCCAGCUGAUGACAUUGUAUUUACACCAAAACACUUCCUCCAUGGCAAGGUGGCAGGUGAUUUCGCUCCAAGUUCGAUUGACACUACAGCAUACAGCCCGAGGAAACGUUGGAGGUAUAUCCAACAACUUAUCAGGCACAUCUGGCGUCGUUGGCUACACGAGUUUUUACCAACUCUAGGUACCAGGAAAAAGUGGUUCCAGACCAAGGUCGAUUAUCAGGUUGGCAAUGUCGUUAUCGUUGUUGACCCCGACUCCCCUCGAGGUCACUGGCCGCUUGGAAAAGUAGUCGAAGUAUUCACAGGAUCUGAUGGCCACGUUAGAGUGGUAAACGUUCGUGUGGAUGGGGCGAUACACAGAAAACCUAUUACGCGAUUGUGUUUCCUCGAACAUAGUGACAAAUAAAGGAUUCAAAAGUUAUACCAGAUGUGUUUCGAACAAAUAGUUUAUGGUUUAUCUUUUGAAGAAAGCAGUGUUAAAGGGCAUAAUAAUCCCAAGCUUUCUUUCAUGUCUUAAUUCCUUAAUUUCAAAAUUUUCAUUUUCAUGUGUGGCAUAGUGUUAAAGGGCAUAAUAAUUCCCUAUAUGCCAUCACAAUUUUAGUAAUUUUAAUAAUGAAGCAAGCAUACUGAUAGGAUUCACGAGACCAUCUCAGGAACAUUUUGAAGAUCAGUGUGGGAACAGAAACAAGAUAACUGUAAAAUUAAUCUUUGUAUGUAAUAAUUGCAGUACUUUGUUACUAAUGUCAUUUUAUUCUAAUGUUUAUGAACACUGCUUGUUUGUAAAUAUUGAUCUUUUUAUUAUUCAUGAUCACAAUGCUGUGUUCAAACUGGUUGUGUUCUGGUAAAAAUAAAAUGAAAAUUUAUUGUUAUAGAAGGAAAUUGAAAAUGUAAAAAUAUCAUAAGACAAAUCUAUUUUGACUAUAUUUUUAGUUCUUUCCAUUACAUGAAGCUAGAUAUGCAUUCAUCUUGUUUUAUAAUUCAAAUAGAAAAAUUGACUUCACAAAUUUGUUAACCUAUUACUUGACUUUAUUUCCAAAUAAGCUUUAGUAAAGAUGUGUUACCAUAAAAAAGUGUGAAAAACCAGAUAAAAGGGGAUUAUAAUGCAAAUUAAAUAAUUCAUUAAGUUAGUUUAAACAUUUCUAUAAAGGGAGGUAAAUAGGGUGAACUUCUAUGCUGUAUAGUUGAGUUAUCUUUCUUGAAUAAUUACUCGAGUAAUUGAUAUGCAUUUUCAGAUGUCAGUCAGUUGUCUGUGUUGUAAAAUAUUGUUUAAGGAGGAAUGAUUAUAAUGAUUAAUGGACAAGAUAGUCUGCAAUUCAAGUAAAUUGAUAUGCGAUAAAAUUUGAUAUUUGUCCUUGUUAUCAAUAUUAUACAUCAUUGUUUAUAAAAUUGAUUAGUAUUCUAACAGUUGACAAAGUGUUAAAUGGUCAUGUACAUGUACAAUUUUAGUCGAAAUUAGAUUCUUGAUUUCACAAAAAAGAACAUGUACUUAUAGGGAUGUAAAGUUUGUGUAUAUGUAUUGAUUCAAGGAAUCAAGUACUCUUAUCGAGAAAAUUAGGGAAGAUAUGUAUAGCAACAGGUAUAUGUAUGCAUGUCAUAAGUACGACUAUCAGUUUCAUGAUAAAAACCAAAUAUGCGAUGAGUUAACAAAAAGAAUUGUAAUUAUGCAUCCGAUUAUAAUUCCAUUGUUACUGGAAUUAAAGUAUAAAUGUGU